AUCUUCCACACCUUCCAAUGUGCUAUCAUCGAAAACCAUGGCUUGCAGAAACACAGUGUCCAUUGUUUCAAGCAUGCAAAUACAGAAACUUCAUAGUAUAGAAAAACAAAGUCCUCCUCCAGAAAGGAUCUCUACUUAUAAACCGAACAUUUGGAAAUAUGAUCAUCUGCUUUCUCUUACAAGUCAAUACUCUGAAAAGAAGUACAAAGUUGAAGCAGUGAAGCUAAAAGAGGAAGUGAGUUGCAAGUUUACAGAGAGUGUUAGUCCAGUGGGGCAGCUAGAGCUUAUUGACAGAAUUGACAAACUUGGCCUAAGUGGUUCCUUUGAGGUUGAAACAAAGGAAGCUUUGGAAAAUACAAUUCUGGACUCCAUGAAAAGUAAUUCCAGCUCAAAGAAGGAGGAGGAUCUGUAUGCUACUGCAUUGUGCUUCAGGCUUCUUAGGGAACAUGGCUACCAUGCUUCACAAGAUAUGUUAAAGGACUUUUUCGAUGGGAAAGGGAAAUUACCUUCAGAUAUAAACACAUUAGUGGAGCUUUUGGAAGGGUCACAUCUGAGCAUGGAUGGUGAAAACUUACUAAACGACAUAAGAUUGUUCUCUACCAAAAACCUUAAAAAUUUGUCCACAUCAUCAGAUAUUAACAGAUUAACUAAUAAUCCCUUGGCAUGGAGAGUGAGAUGGUACGAUGUCAGAAGACACAUUAUUAGUGCUCAAAAUUGCAAAAACACAAAUCCAAUGUUGCUCCAAUUAGCUAAACUUAACUUCAACAUUAUUCAAGCCACCCACCAAAACGAUCUCAAAGAUGUUAUAAGAUGGUGGAGGAAUCUUUGCAUAGUUGAAGAUUUAGACUUUACUAGGGACAGGAUAGUAGAAAGCUUCUUUUUUGCUGCAGGAAUUGCCUCUGAGGCUCAACAUGGAAGCAUGAGAAAAUGGCUCACCAAAGUGAUUCAAUUGAUUUUAAUAAUAGAUGACGUUUAUGAUAUUUAUGGUUCAUUAACCGAGGUGCAACAAUUCACCCGUGCCAUAGAGAAGUGGGAUCCAAAAGAGGUACAAAAGCUGCCAACGUGUAUACAGAUAUGUUUUAGAGCAUUGCAUGAUACAAUGGAAGAGAUAUCUAUUGAAAUACAACGACAAAAUGAUGGCCCUCCAACAUUACCUCAUCUGAAACAAGAGUGGAUCAACUUCUGCAAAGCCUUGCUGGUGGAAGCAACAUGGUACCAUAAAGGUCAUAUACCAACACUUGAAGAGUAUCUUGAUAAUGGGUGGACUUCUUCCUAAGGCCAAUUGCUUUCCUUUCAUGUGAUUUUUGGUCUCACAAAUUAUAAAACAACAAAUGAAACCCUUGAUUUAUGCAAAAAUUGCCAAGAAAUUAUUUACCAUACUUCGGUUAUAAUUCGACUAUGCAAUGACCAAGGUACCUCAACGGCGGAACUAGAGAGAGGUGAUGUUGCUUCAUCAAUUAUAUGUUACAUGCAAGAAGAAAAUGUCUCCGAGGAUGUAGCUCGAGAGCAUAUCGAAAGCAUAAUUUUGAAUUCGUGGAAGAAGAUUAAUUAUCAUUUUAAUACCCUUUCUACAUCACAUCAAAAAAUUGUUAAGCAUGUAAUAAAUGAAGCACGAAUGGCACAUGUCAUGUAUCAUUCAGGAGAUGGAUUUGGGGUUCAAGAUGGUGAAACGCAAGAUCAGGUCCUGAUCAACUUGGUUGAGCCUCUUAUAUAAAAAAAGACAAACAGUGCACUAAAACUUCUGUUAUGCUGGGUUCGAAGAAGGGCUGAAGCAUAAGAAUCUGCUGCGCGCAGUUAUCCCACAUUUCUGCAAUAACCUCUUAUAUAAUGUCAGAAAUAAUCAUAUUCUAGUUUUCUAUAAUCUGCAACAUAUAGAAACAGGAAAGAUAGGAACUUCCGUGAAAUAAGAUCUCACGACAAGGUUUCUAUACAAAAAAAGCAAAUCCAUAAAUUAAACUUGAUGGAUUCAGUUCAAUCAAUAAGGUUUUUGGCACUAGCUCA